UUUAAUUAAGAUUUAUUUUAAUAUAAUGGCUUUUUCUAAUAGAUUUUUGAAUGUAAUUGUUGUUGUAGCAAUUGUUCUUCCAACUAUUGCUAUUGCAACUGAUUAUAUUGUUGGAGAUGACAAAGGAUGGACCAAUGAUAAUUUUGAUUAUCAAGCUUGGGCUAAGGAUAAAAAUUUUACAGUUGGUGAUGUUCUAGUGUUCAACUACAAAUCUGGUAGUCACAAUGUAUACAAAGUUGAUGGUGCUGGCUUCAUGAGUUGCAAUACCACGUCCCCGAACGGUGAACCACCAUUGACGACAGGUAACGACCGAGUGGAGCUCAAAACUCCCGGAAACAAAUGGUACAUUUGCGGGAAACCCGGACACUGUCUCAAUGGCAACCAAAAGCUUAAAAUUAGUGUGAACAAUGGUACUGCUAGCUCAUCUGAUGCUCAUGGGAUAGUGUCCUCCGGAUUUAAAGUCCUUUUCGGGGCACUUAUUGUUGUCUCCAUCAUAUAAUUACGUACUAAACUAUUUAUGAUAUGCAUGUGCUAUGCAUGCAUACGUAAGAAUUAACUAGUUGUUAUAGCUAGUUAAUAUUUAAGAUUGGUUUUUUUAUUAUUAUUUUAAUUUUAUUGUGUUUCAAUAAGGAAUGCAUUGUUUUGUAUUCCAUCAACUUUAAUUUCAAUUUGAAAUAAAGGUUUUUUUAG